AUGCAGGGGUUUGAAUGGCACGUGCCAGCCGAUCAACGCCAUUGGCAGCGCCUCCGUAAGGCAAUCCCCGAUCUGAAAGACAUCGGAGUUGAUAAUAUCUGGAUUCCUCCCGGGUGUAAAGGGAUGGACCCAUCUGGAAUUGGGUAUGAUAUUCACGAUCUAUAUGAUCUUGGGGAAUUCGACCAGAAGGGCACCAGAGCAACGCGAUGGGGUCCAAAGGAGGACCUCCAGAGAUUGGUAUGGGCUGCAAAGGAUAUGGAUAUUGGGAUUUACUGGGAUGCUGUUUUAAACCAGAAGGCUGGGGCAGAUUCAACCGAGAAUUUCUUAGUCGUCAAGAUGGACCCAGAAGGUCGGAACACUGAAAUAUCUCGACCGCUGACUAUCGAUGGUUGGGUUGGGUUUGACUUUCCGGGACGUGGGGAGAAAUACAGCUCCAUGAAGUAUCACUGGCAACACUUUACUGGUGUGGGCUGGGACGAUGCGAGCCAGCAGAAUGCAAUAUACAAGAUACUGGGACAGAACAAAGACUGGGCGAAGGACGUGAGUGAUGAGCAUGGAAACUACGACUACCUAAUGUUCGCCGAUCUCGACCAUUCCCACCCGGAAGUUCGAGCUGAUAUAAUGAAAUGGGGAGGUGGAUUGGCACCGAAUUACCAAUCAGUGGAAUGCGAAUCGACGCAGUAA